AUGGCCUCCACUAAUCCUGCUACUGAAAAGGCUGAUGAUGCGAGCGUUGCGAGUGCGGAGGCGCAUGCGCCACUGUUGAAAAAGCGCGAAAAAGAGUCAGCCAAGGGCAAAUACAAUCUAUACGGAGAUGACUGGGAGGACUCUGUAGAUUUUGCCAUCAAAUCUUUCGAGGACUUACCACAUCGUAUGUUUGGUGUCAAUCAGCACAUGAUCAUCAACUAUGAGCUGAAGGAGGCUCUGCGUAUGAUGCUGCGGCAAUUCAACGCACCGAUUGUUUACUGCUUUGCAUAUGGUUCCGGUGUGUUUCCACAAGGAGACCUCGGGCGCAGUAUUAGCGAGGCUGAGUUUCGCGCUGUGCAUCCCCAACCACCUGCCGCCCUUGUCAAGGCGCAGAAAGGCUCCCCCAAAAUGAUAGACUUCAUCUUUGGCGUCUCCCACACUCAGCAUUGGCAUUCCCUCAACAUAAAGCAGCAUCGAAAGCACUACUCUGCAAUCGCCUCACUGGGCUCGGGCGCGGUUACUCAUGUGCAAAAUUGGGGUGCUGGUGUCUACUUCAAUCCGUUCAUUGAGAUGAACGGCAUGCUGAUCAAAUACGGCGUUACGAGCAUCGACAAUUUGGUUCGCGAUCUCUCCACAUGGGAUAAUUUGUACUUGGCUGGACGGCUGCAGAAGCCAGUCAAGAUCCUUCGCGACCACCCGCAAGUUCGUCUUGCCAAUCAGCACAACUUGAUUGCUGCGCUACGCACAGCCAUGCUCCUUCUACCCCCGGACUUCACCGAGUCUGAAUUAUACAGCACGAUUGCAGGUCUCAGCUACCUAGGAGAUCCUCGCAUGGCACUUCCUACAGAAAAUAAGAGCAAGGUCGACAACAUUGUUAAUAACAAUGUCGUACAUUUCCGCCGUCUCUAUGCCCCGCUUGUCAAGACGUUACCCAACGUCGAAUUCACAGGGCCCUGUCGGCUAGACGAUCAGGACUGGGUGCUCGAUGAGAAUGGCGAUAAUAAACUACAGCAAGAUAUGGACCCUAUCAAACGCGGCAACAUGGUGCGACGUCUUCCUUCAAGCUUCCGCUCGCGCCUUUACUUCCAAUACCAAAAGAAAUUUGCUAUUCCGCGCGAGGAAUUCUCCAUCAUGAUGAAGACGACUCGGGAUGACGAUCCAUCAUCAAACAAGCGACGUCAAGGCGGCGAGUUUGAUCGCAGAAUCGCCGCCGACAAACCUGAAGAGCUGCAGGCUCUAGUUCGCCAAGUCAUUAGGCAGACGGUCAAUUGGCCUAGUACCAGCCAGAGCAUGAAAGGCCUCCUGAUGGGUGGUUGGCGCAAAACGUAUCGCUAUCUGAAGGAGAAGUAUGACAAGUGGAACCAAGGCAAGAAGAAUGAAGCCGAGAAAAGUGUCGAGGCAAACAAGGCAGAGAAAUAG